CCCAGGGAGCCUGCACAGGUGCGCACCGCGCCGCUCAGAGGCUCAGCCUGCAGCCCAGGACCAUGAAUGACACCUGCAGCGCCCCCGACUGGCCCCCGCCCCUCAGGUACAUCUUCUACGCCUACCUGGGCACGCUGCUGGUGCUCGGCCUGCUGCUCAACGGCCUGGCGCUCUGGGUGUUCUGCCGCCGCAUGCAGCAGUGGACGGAGACCCGCGUCUACAUGACCAACCUGGCGGUGGCCGACCUGUGCCUGCUCUGUGCCCUGCCCUUCGUGCUGCACUCCCUGAGGCACACGUCCAGCGACACGCCGCUGUGCCAGCUCUCCCAGGGCGUCUACCUGACCAACAGGUACAUGAGCAUCAGCCUGGUCGUGGCCAUCGCCGUGGACCGCUACCUGGCCGUGCGGCACCCGCUGCGGGCCCGCAGCUUCCGCUCCCCGCGGCAGGCCGCGGCCGUGUGCGCCAUCCUCUGGGUCCUGGUCGUCAGCUCCCUGGUGGCUCGCUGGGUCCUGGGGAUACAGGAGGGCGGCUUUUGCUUCUCGAACCACUCCCGGCACAACGUCAAGACCACGGCGUUCUCGCUCACGGGCUUCUACCUGCCGCUGGCCGUGCUGGUCUUCUGCUCUCUGCAAGUGGUGACCGCCCUGGCGCGGAGGCCAGCCACCGACACGGGGCAGGCGGAGGCCACCCGCAGGGCUGCCCGCAUGGUUUGGGCCAACCUGGCCGUGUUCGUGGUCUGCUUCCUGCCUCUGCACAUGGUGCUGACGGUGCACGUGGCGCUGGGCACGCAGGCCUGCGCCGUCCGCAGCACUCUCCGCCAUGCCCUCUUCCUCACGAGCAAGCUCUCGGAUGCCAACUGCUGCCUGGACGCCAUCUGCUACUACUACAUGGCCAAGGAGUUUCAGGAGGCGUCUGCCCUGGCCACGCCCCCCAGCGCCAAGGCCCACAAGAGCCAGGACUCCCUGUUCAUGACCCUCUCGUAGGAGGCACGCCAUGGGCGCCGUGGGUGCUGUGGGCCGGGGCCGGGGUCUCCAGAGGUGCCUCCUCUCGGGGGAAACUAUGGGCAGCAGCAAGCCCUCGAUGGGCCCUGAACUGGCUGUGGGCUGGGGCCUCUCUAGCAGCCCGGGGGUGGAAUGACCCAGGCACGGAUGACCCGGGGACAGGGACAGAGACGAGGGCAAGAGAACGGAGGCCUGAGCAAGGCCGAUCCCGGGGACCUGGGCCAGGCCACACACCUGCCACCCCGGACUUGGCACAGCUGGGCAGGUGGGGUCCUGCAGGGUGGAGUCAGGCCUGAGCGCCAGCCUCCCCCCGGAGCAGGAAUGAAGCCCCACGGGAGCGGGUCCUGGCAGGGCCCUCUGUGACGCCUGCACUCAGCGGCAGGAGGCAGGCAGGGGGCACGUGGCUCGGAGGGCAGGGGACAUCUCCCAGAGGACUCUCUGGGGCUCUCUACUUGGGGCCCUCUUUGGGCCCUGUCACCCCUCCCCACCUGUCUGGAGAGCUGGUGGGCCGUCGGCA